AUGGAAUUCUACUCUUAUGAAUCUCGAAUCAAAUUGACUGCAAACGUCGCAAUUUACGAAGAUUGCGGAGUGAACACGAGUUUGGUUGGAGAAGUAAAGUGCACGUGCAGGCACUGUGAACCGAUCCCAAGCAACGAGCAAGCAGUCCAGUACAACGCGCCUGUAGACUCGGGAACAGCGACUAACCAAAUCCUCGAAAAGAAGCAAUCUAUGCUUGGCUACUGGGAGUACGAGUCUAUCCAGCAGCGCUGCGUCCUUCUACAAGAAAAAAAUGAUGAUCUUCGGGGAAAAUAUGAAAACGAAGUGAAGGCAAAAUUAGCGGCGAUGGCGAACGUACAGCAAGAACUCGCGAGAGGCGAAAUAGGGACCGUUCAAAUUCAGCAAGGAGCUCAAUUGCGACUGCUUGAACAUUUGGCCGAGUCCGAAGACGAAUUCGAAAGUACUCAGCUAGAACUUGCUCCUGGAGAGUUCUCCUCCGAGCGUGAGUACGUCCGCCAGCUGCCUGAUUUGCCAGAGAGCUUCGCAGGCCCAAUCGUUGGCUGCCGAUGCCAAAGCUGCAAAGUUUUCUUCCGCAGUGCGUCUUUCCGAGGCGGCGACUUUGGCGAGCUCUUUCAGCUACCUAAACUAGCGAAUUCUGUGCGGCGUUUCAAAGAUGACCUCGAGAAGUUGACGAUGAUGCGCAACGCCAAGCUCAUCCUCGAAGUGGGCAUGCGCAUCCUUAUCAAGCGCAACCGCGUCGGCACUGUUCGAUACUUAGGCCACUUGGAAAAGAGCCCCCGCAAGAAUAUGGUUUACGUCGGACUCGAACUAGACGUGGCCGUAGGAAGGCACGAUGGAAUCGUGCAAGGGAAGCGCUACUUCACGUGCAGGCCCAGCCACGGGCUAAUGAUUCCAAUUAGAGACACUCUAGCGAUUCUUUCCAAAAAGCUGCAGCCUAAAGUUGUCGCCCUUGCAAACAGGCUUUCUUCGAUAAGAGCGCUGAGAAACACUUCUGAAGUCGCUUCGGUCGGGAUCAAACCUUAA